AUGACCCAUUAAUAUCCUCUGUUCUGCAUACAAAAUGAAUUCUAGAAAGAAAUGGUUGUACCAUUUUCAGGUUGUACUUUUUCUUCUUGCAGAGGAGUUCUCACUUGCAACAGAACAUGCAAGAAGGUCAGACCUCCAAUCAUGCUGCUAUUUGCCCUAUGAGUUCUAGGCAAACUCACAGUGACUUUGAACAUGUUGGAAUAAAACAAGUUAUACAUGAAGAUGUAUCAGACCUUGCAGUCCAAAUUGAAUUAAUUUCUUUGGAAUCUGAGAGUGCAGUGCUCAGUUCGGAUGGAUAUAAUUCAGAUGUUCAGAGUUCUUCUCAUGGCCUGUCACAGGUUGAAGAUUUCAGGCUGAGUCACUCCACUAUGAGCAAAGAUAAUUUAUUGCGUAGCUCUGAAAAAUCCUGCAUAGAGGACAGGAGUGAAGGAGAUGAAGCAUGCUUAGGAAGCAAUCUAGAAAAUAAUGUAGAAGGUCAAAGUCACCUUGAACAUGGGAUAACAGAAAACUCUGAGCCAACAGAUACACCUCAGUCCUCAGACUUACUGCUGGUUAUAAAAGAGCCUAUUCUGGGCUGUGCGCAGGUUGAAGAUCCCUGUCAGUCUACUGCCAGUGAAGAUGAUUUAUUGAGGUGCCCUGAAAUUUCCUGCAUGGAGAGUAGUAGUUCUGGUGAUGGAGACUUCUUAGGAAGUAAACAAGAAAAUAACGUACAAAGCAAAAGUCUUCUUGAAAUUGGGAAGACAGAAUACCAGACAAUAGACACAAUUCAAUUUUCAGACAAUCUUUUAACUGAAUCUGUUGUGGCCUGCACACAGGACAUGGAUGUGGCGGAAACAAAUUUCAAUGAACCUGUAUCAGAAGUGGAUUCUCCUCCUCCUAUGAACCAAAAUAAUGAGAUUUCUGUUUUUGAGCACACCGAAUGUAUAAUGCCAAAGACUACUUCAAUGCUUGAAUUAUUGCUUUUAAGUACUAGAGAACCCAACCAGAAAAACAUCAGAAAGAAGUUGGGAUCCAUUUGGAAGAUGGUAGCAGAUCAUAGAUAUGCAGGACCGUUUCGUAAGCCACUGACAGACAGAGAGGCCCCAGGAUAUAAGGAGAUUGUUAAACGACCUACGGAUCUUUCUACAAUAAAACGGGGCCUAAUAAAGGGAAAUAUAAGGACAAGUGCAGAUUUCCAGAGAGACAUUCUGUUAAUGUUCCAAAAUGCUGUGAUGUACAACAGCAUCUAUCACACUGUUCACCAGAAAGCCCUGGAGAUACAAAGAGAUGUAGAGGAGUUGCUACAGGUUUUAAAUGAGCAAGUGACACAAAGUGAAAAGGAAUAGAAUAUUUUGCUUUUCUCAUACAGUUCUUCAGUUCUAUUAAUAUUUAAUAUUAAUGCUACGUUUGGCUCCUG